AUGCUUAACUGGGAAAAGUAUCAUUUCGUGGUUCGAGAGGGGAUUGUGCUAGGGCACAAGAUUUCACAGGCGGGGCUUGAGGUUGAUCAAGCCAAGGUUGAUGUUAUUUCCAAGCUUCCGCCGCCUACUUCUGUGAAAUCGAUUCGGAGUUUCUUGGGUCAUGCGGGAUUCUACCGCCGCUUCAUCUGUGGAUUUUCAAAGAUUGCUCGCCCGAUGACCCAGCUGUUAGAAAAGGAUAGGCCAUUCGUGUUCGACGAUGAGUGUUUGAGGGCCUUCGAGUUGAUUAGGGAGAGGUUAGUGAGUGCUCCCAUUCUGAUUGCUCCCGAUUGGAGCCUCCCAUUCUAG